AUGUUACCUUUAUUUGCAAUUCUUUUUUAUGGAGCAUUAGGCAUACAAUUUACAUUCCCAUUAAAAUCAAAGGAGUUGAAAUGCUUUGGGGAAAUUAUUGGAUAAAAUAGUCUGGUUGUUGGUUCUGUUUAGGCUAAUUCAAGUGAAUAUUCAUUGAAAAUACAUGUGCCAUAAAAAUAGUUUGAUAGUAUUUUACAGUAUGCUCAUAGUUUGGAAUUGCAAAAGUUUUCAUUCACUACAAAUAACACCUAAGAAAAUUAUUAAUUUUGCAUACAUAACUUAGCAAAUGUUGGACUUAAUGUUAGCUUUAAUUUAGCCACAGGAAUGGAUGCUUAAGAUUUUUCAUUAGUAGCCUAGAAGGAAGACUUAAAACCAAUAGAGAUACAUCUGAAGAAAUUGAAUGGUUUAAUAAAUUCAGUUGAACAAGAAUAAAAAGAGAUUGAAGAAAGACAAGCCACAAGAUUUUCUAAUGUUAGCAAUAUUUCAUAUAAAAUAAUAAUUUUUAGUGUUGGCACUUUGAUAUUGAUGGUUUUAACAAAUUUUGUUUAAGCUCGUAAAUUGAAGAGUUUCUUCAAAUCAAAAAAGUUCAUUUGA